UGGGGGGAUGCAUCUAUUGCGAUUUUCCGACUAUAUAAAGGCAGAUGUACCGCAUAUCCCUGGUAUCACGUAUCGGUUCGUCGUUAAAGGACGAAAGGGUGCAAAGAAGACGUUUACUCCGAACGUACUAAAAGAAAUCUUAUAAUGAAGACGGUCAUCGUUCUGGCGACUCUUUUAGUCGCGAGUCUCGCAGCACCGCAAGGUAACCCGAACGACAUCACGAUCGUGAAGCAGGAGGAAGUGAACAAUAUCGGAGUAGGUGGAUAUCACUUUAGUUACGAGCAAAGCGAUGGACAAAAAAGAGACGAAACAGCGGAGCUUAGAAACGAGGGUACGGACGACGAGGAAUUAGCCGUCACGGGUAGCUUUUCUUUCAUAUCUCCGGACGGUCAUACGUACAGGGUCGAUUACACUGCCGACAAGGACGGUUUCCAUCCUAACAUUCAGCUCGUUUCGAAAUAAAGAAAGAGGACUCGAGGAGCCGAAGGAAUUUUACGCUAACAACACGUCACUUAGGAUUUUCCGACAUACCCGCAUACAUAAAAGCGCAUAAACAAUAUUCCGUCUUUACAUGUAUGUUCCAUGUACGCUGCGAGACGCGCGAAUCACAAGUGCGAAGUUCUCCUCUCCGCGAAGGCUUCGAUCGUUGCUUUCGAUCUUAAAUUUUCUUCGUUUCCUUUCUCCUUCUCUUCUCUUCCUUUCUCAUUACUUUUCUUCUUUUCUUCCGUGCUUCUUCCUCUUCUGUCUUUUUUUUUUUUCUUUUUAGGAUUACAUUCCCGCCGAGUCGUACUUUCUUACGUAACACGUCGCGCGAGAUAUCAACGAUCGAAGCCUCGAUGAUAUUUUUUUUUCUUUUUUUUUUUUUUUAUACGUAGGGAUUUGUUUUAUACGGACAAAAAAAAGAAAGAAAGAAAGAAAGAAAGAAAAAUUCACAAUUUCUCGCGAUUCAAUUCGGAAAUAAUUUUCCUCGAGAUAUAUCGAGAUGUAUCGCGUGGAGCAAAGUAUGCAAAUGUUCUACGAUCUUAUACGCUCACGUGCUUCUCGCGACGCAACGUGCUCGUUCCGCAGAUACGAUACAUGAUGUAACACUUAUAAACUGCCAACAAACACUUUGAACGAGAGACAUCCAAGAGUUCGUUCUAAGCAAACUCAUCGAGACGACGGCGUAGUGUUCAUUUUAGCGUCGCAAAUAUUACAUUACAAGACACACUUUUUUCCUUUUUUUUUUUUUUUACAUGUACCUACUUGUAUCUGUAAUAAUAAUGCAGCAUAUGCAUAUAAACUUGUA